AUUUCUGCAAAGUUUGUCUUGUCUUCAGAUCUUCAGAGGCAGAGGAGUAAUUUUUGUUUGGCGUCAGUUUGCUAAAGAAAUGCAAAGACAAACCAGAUUGUUGCUUAAUGGCUGCGUUUCCAAAUCCAUCAAGUCGCUUAGGUGGCGAAGGAGCUUAACGGAACAGGCUGAAUUGCAGAAAACUUCAUUGUAUGAUUUCCACUUGGAACAUGGAGGGAAGAUGGUGCCAUUUGCUGGUUACUCGAUGCCAGUGCAGUACAAGCUAGGUAUUGUCCAGUCUCAUUUGCAUACAAGAGAGAAGGCAUCACUGUUUGAUGUUUCUCAUAUGUUGCAAUUCAAGAUUUUUGGAAGAGAUAGAAUUAAGUGCUUUGAACAGCUAGUUGUUGCAGAUGUGGAAGGUUUGAGUGAUAACACUGGAGGACUGUCAUUAUUUACAAAUGAAAAUGGUGGCAUAAGGGAUGACUGUAUCAUAAACAGACUAGAGGACUGCCUAUAUAUUGUAUCAAAUGCAGGAUGUGCAGAAAAAAUAAGGCCUUUGGUUGAGAAUCAUGUAAACAAUGCAAAGAAAGACAUGGAUGUGGCCAUUGAGUUUUUAGAUGACAAAUCAUUACUGGCACUUCAAGGGCCAGAAGCUGCAAAGGUUCUCCAAAAUGGAGUGAGUGCUGACCUUAGUAGUUUAAAAUUUAUGAACAGUUUUACAUCCGAUAUUUUCUCAAUACCUGGAUGUAGAAUUACAAGGUGUGGAUACACAGGAGAAGAUGGAUUUGAAAUAUCAGUUUCGAGUGACAAGGCUGUUGCCCUAGCAGAGGCCUUUCUUGAUUCAGGAAAAGAAGUUGUUGAGCUUGCUGGACUUGGAGCAAGAGACAGUUUACGACUAGAAGCUGGUCUUUGCUUGUAUGGAAAUGACAUCGAUGAAGAGACAACACCAGUUGAGGCUACUCUUGUCUGGACCAUAGGGAAAAGAAGAAGAACUCUGAAAGAUUUUCCAGGUGCUAAAAUCAUUUUGGAUCAGAUUAAAGCAAAGCCAAAGAUGAAGAGAGUUGGUUUGUUGUCAAGUGGCCCCCCAGCAAGAGGAGGCACAAAAGUAUUUAAUGAAGAAGGCAAGGAAAUAGGCUACGUCACAAGUGGAUGUCCUUCUCCUUCUUUAAAGAAAAAUGUUGCUAUGGCAUAUGUUCCAUUGGGUCAGUCAAAGAUUGGAACAAAAAUGAUUUUGAAGGUGUAUAAAAAGGAAAUACCCACAGAAGUUGUAAAGAUGCCAUUUUUGGCAGCAAACUAUUAUCACUGACAUUAAUAUCUGGGUUUAAUAAUGAAAUGAAAUAGAAGCAAAGCUUGUUAUUUUUGUACAUAGAUUAUUAUUUAAAAGCAACAACAUAAGCUGUUUCACUUUAAUUCUCAAUUUAGAAGUCAUAGAUUCAAUGAAAUAACCUUUUUUUAAAGAAAAUGCUUUACAGCAUAUUUUAUCAAUUCAUCAAAUUCCUGUUUGCUA